AGGAUUCACUUAUUGAAGUCAAAAAGCCCUAGAUCUUUUUUGGCCCAAAACACCUCAAUCCUGAACCAAACAGAGCUCGUGAUCGAUCAAUAACUUUAACUCGCCGGUAACUGCGUCCUCGUCGGCGAUAACAUCUUCAAGCUCCGGCAAUCUCCAUUUUUGAACUUUUGAGAUCAAUUGGAGGAAAUACCGAAGUUAAGAAGAGAGAGAAAAGGGAGAAUUUCGCAGAAUCUUCAACUAUGUCAUUUCAUAUACUAUCUAGAAGAAUCUUGCCUCAUGUAUUCAAGCACAAUACGCAAUUCCCCAAUUCUCAUUUCCAGAAAUUAUUGCAAUCAAUUGGACCUAGUAGUUAUGAAAUUAGACGAGGAUUUAGAUAUAUUUCACGGCCAAUCACCAGGAAUUGUCAAUUGUCUGCUUGUAAUCCUCAUAUUAUUGUUCAAAGAUAUCGCCUCGCGGCAUCCGAGCCAAGGCGUAACUAUGCAUCGUCCACUACUGUUGUUCAAGAGAAGAAGUCACAAAAGAUGUUGAUAUAUUUGACUGCCUUGGUUUUCGGAAUGGUGGGAUGUUCAUAUGCUGCUGUCCCCUUGUAUAGGAGAUUCUGCCAAGCUACUGGUUAUGGUGGUACUGUUCAACGUCGGGAGACUGUAGAAGAAAAGAUUGCUCGGCAUUCACAAGAUGGUACUGUCACCAAAAGAGAAAUUGUGGUUCAAUUUAAUGCUGAUGUUGCUGAUGGGAUGCAGUGGAAAUUUACUCCUACCCAAAGAGAGGUGAGGGUUAAACCAGGAGAGAGUGCUUUGGCAUUUUACACAGCCGAAAAUAAAAGUUCAACUCCUAUUGUUGGUGUAUCCACGUAUAAUGUUACACCCAUGAAGGCGGCUGUGUACUUCAACAAAAUUCAAUGUUUUUGCUUUGAGGAGCAGCGACUUCUUCCUGGAGAGCAGGUUGACAUGCCUGUCUUCUUUUAUAUCGAUCCCGAGUUUGAGACAGAUCCUAGAAUGGAUGGUAUCAACAAUAUAAUCCUGUCCUAUACAUUUUUCAAGGUCUCUGAGGAAUAAAAAGGUCAAGUGGAUCCUGUCAUCCUGCCUAACUGCAAAGUUGCAAAUGAAUACAAAGUACUACCUUUCUUGCUUCAAGUCGAGUGUGGCUACUUAAGCCCAUAAGACAUUAUCACGGCUUUCCGUUUUGUUGAUUAAAUCUCUAGAAAUAAGUUUUUGGUUUAUUACUUUAUUCUCAUCCGUAACUAGUUGUUUUAGAAGCGGGUAGAUUAGACACCAGAGUCCAUUAAUUCUUGUGUAGAAAAUUCACAUCAUAAUUGUUACUGAGAUAGAUAAUUUAUUUAUUUUAUUUAUUUUA